GCCAAUCAUUAUUUUAAUGAAAAGCCUAACAAGAUCACCAAUGCCACCAAUCUUGGCUAGGCUUAUAUAAGGUCAAAAUCAACACUCUUUUCAUCCCCUAAAACACAACCAACCUCUCUUGCAGCCACCAAGUUUUCUUCCCAAAUCCUCUUCUCUCUAUUUUCCAAGAACAUGGAGUUCUCAACCUUCCACCCCUCAACAUGGAAUUCUUUCUUCACCUCUCCUCUCCUCUUUCCCUAUCAUUUCAUUCCUGAGAAUUAUGUUCAUUGGAGAGAGACCCCUGAAUCUCACAUAUAUUCUGCUGAUCUUCCAGGUCUGAAGAAAGAGGAAAUAAAGGUGGAAGUUGAGGAUUCAAGAUACCUGAUAAUAAGAACUGAAGCUGCCAAUGAAACUACAGGACCAACAAGGAGUUUCAUGAGGAAAUUUCGGCUACCUGGAAUGGUGGAUAUGAAUGGAAUUUGUGCUAGUUAUAGAGAUGGUGUUUUGACAGUCACAGUUCCAAGAACACUUGUGAGAAGGGGAUUUUUCAUUGAGCCAGCUGACUUGCCAAAAAGGAUGGUGAAUCUUGGUGCUAGAGCUGCUUGAUAUAUUUUUUCCAAACAAGAUUGGUUGAUAUUAGUAAUACUUAUUCUUGUAAGCAUUGAUUGUUUCGAGAGGAAUGGUCAUUGCUCAGGAAUAGAUAAUGAUUUCAAGAUUGUGCUCUCUUUGAUUAUCUGUACAUACUUUAGAUUCAUGAUAAUCAACAAAAAACAACAACAUAAAUCCA